GCCUGACAUAUGCAUAUUGAUGUAAAUGGAUUACUUCUAUUCUCCGUCCGACAUGCAUAAGGUAUGUGUGCUGCUAAUCAUAUCUGCCGCUGCUCGAUUCGUCCAUCCAUCUGUCCAACCAUCCGUCCAUCAAUCCAUCCAUCAAUCAAUCCAUCCAUCUGCCGGUCAAAUGGACUCACUCGCCUGUCGCACUACACCCCACGUCCUCGCUUUGUCCCAUACCAGGCUAUUACCAUCACAACCACAAAUCCAUGAGUACUGUAUGAAGAAGAUUGCUCAAAAACACAUGGCCACAAGUCAUCGAGACACCCCGCCUAUCCCCCAUCGCCCCGUCAUGCAAUCUGCUCAUUGCUGGCCAGCUUGAUACUCAGGUCCAGCCUCUUGGUCUGCACAGCGGUGGAAGGGAUGCCCGUCCCCUCGGCCCUCAGCACGCUGAUCUUGACCGUCUGGCCCGGCUGCAGGUCCUCCAGCACCUGGAACAGAUCACCCUCAUCGUUGAUGGGCUUGUCGUCGAGCGACACAAUGAUGUCACCCAACUCUGACACACGCACACACACACACGAAGGUCAUCAAUCAUUCAUACACGGAUGGAGGGGGCCGGCAUCGCCUACACACCGAUGUAUCCCGCGACGCUUCUCCGGGUGCCCUUCAUGCCCGCCUGGGCGGCGGGCGACUCUCUCGGCACAUCGAGCACCAGCACGCCCUUGUCGAUACCCAGCACACGCGCCUGGGCUGAGUUGAGUAGCGUCACGCCUAUCCGCGGCCGCAGCACCCGACCGUCCCGGAUGAUGACCUCAACGAUGCGCUUCAGAGUGUCGACGGGGAUUGCUGUGCAGCACAAGGCACGUGGAAACACAUGCACACAUGUGGGUGAGUGAUUGGAGGCUCUUCAGUGUGUGCCUGCGUACCGAAUCCAAUGCCGGCGCUCGCACCAGUGGGCGACUUGAUGGCCGUGUUCAUGCCUGCAUUCACGCAACACAAACAUGGAUGUACCAUGGUCAAUCCCGAGCCACCCAACCCUGAUGUGCCCACCGAUCAGCUGCCCGGAAGUGUCGAGCAGGACUCCUCCUGAGUUGCCAGGGUUGAUGGCUGCGUCUGUCUGGAUCACGUUGUCGAUGCGCCGGCCGUUGGGCGACCGGAUCUCCCUGCCCAGGCCCGAUACAACACCUGUCGUCAGGGUGUGAUCCAGGCCGAACGGAUUGCCUGAAAACGGUGAUAAGGAACACGAACGCGUGUGCAUAUAAGCACUGUUGACGCGCACACGUAGCACCGACCGAUAGCGAGGGCUGUUUGUCCAACACGGACCCUCAUCGAUUCGCCCAACGCGACGGGCCUGAGGUCCUUCGCGUCUGCCUCGAUACGCAGGACGGCGAUGUCCUUGUCGGGGUCAUAGCUGAUAGAUCAGCCCAUACACGCAGACACAGACAAGUAUGUAAUCGCCUUGCUCUCACGUCUAGUGGCGCCUACCCAGCAACAGCAGCCUUGUACUGCACUCUCUCGGUCUUGCCGCCCUUGGUGCUCGUCAAGGUGACGGCGGCCGACUGCGCAUUCUCAAUCACGUGGAAGUUAGUAACGAUGUGCCCCUUCUUGUCCCACACGAUGCCGCUCCCCGUGCCGGCUGGGAACUCCAUAACGUUCAUAGUGAAUGCAUCUCGCCUCGCCACAAACGUGUCGAUAAAGACGACUGACGGUGUGGCAUCUUCAAAGAGAUUGAUGACGCUCUGCUCGUCUCGCUUCAGAGGGGGGGCCGUUCCGUCAAUGUAGGACACGGUGAGCAGGCUGGAGGGCUCGGCCGAGGCAGGGAGCGUUGACACGACCGAUGGCACGUUUCGCUGAGAGAGGAGAUCGAAGGUUGAUGGGUUGAGGGGGAGGAAGAGCAGACAGAGGCUGAC